CUGAAAAAUCAUGAAUGCCAAUCCCCAUUCAAAUUCAUUACAUCAAAAUCUCCAAAUUUUAGACCAUAAAAUCUUGGAGAAAAAUCAGAAAAAAUUAACCUAAAUCCAUCAUGCAAAAAGCCAACAAAAGGCAAUAAAAGUACUUGACCAUAAGCGCAGAAAAUUUGGUUGAAGCUAACACUUUCAUAUCCUCUCCAAAAAGUUGCUUCAUCCAAAUCUCUUCUUCCAAAGGAGGAAAAAUGGAGGAAGGGCGAAAAAGAAGGGCGCUCGUCGUAGACGACGAUCCCUUGAUCCGUCGAGUGGAGGGGAUGCUGUUGUCGGGAUAUGGACUUGAGACGAAAGCAGUAGAAAAUGGGAAAGAGGCUAUAGAUUUGUUCGUGGCGGGGAAGACCUUUGAUCUCGUGCUCAUGGACAUGGAGAUGCCGGUCAUGAACGGGCCCGAGGCCACCCGUGCCCUGCGGGCACUGGGGGUGAGCUGCAUGAUCGUCGGGGUGACCGCCUGCGGCGACGAGGCCAAGAAGGCGGCGUUCGUCGCCGCGGGAUUGGAUAGUUGUUGGGAUAAGCCGUUGAACGCUCGGAUCGUCGAUGAGUUGGCCAAGAAACUGAUUUGAACAAUCAAUACUGUUGUUGUAUUAAAAUUGUUGUCGUUGAUAAAAUAAAAAAAGAUGGAACAUAUGUACAAAGCAAAAUGAGGCGUGAAUAAAGAUCAACGAGGAAUAGACUGAAAACAACAAUAAUUUGAUUUAAUAAAUUACUUGU